CAAAGGCACAGGCUAAAAAAUUGUGAUCAAAAUCAGAAGACAUGGAUAGCGAAAACGUUGAUGGCGUUGCUCACGAUUUGGUUUCGCUUCUCACAAGAGAGGAUCGGGACUUUCUUGUCCGCAACAAUGGCCACCAGGUUAAAGUUGAGAGUUUGAAGGGGAAGAAAAUUUGGCUAUAUUUUUCAGCAUCAUGGUGUGGGCCAUGUCAACGGUUCACCCCUAAAUUAGUUGAGGCCUACAAUGAACUCUCCUCCAACGAUGAUUUUGAAAUCAUCUUUGUUUCAGGUGAUAAUGAUGAUGAGUCGUUCAAUGGAUAUUUCUCCAAGAUGCCUUGGCUCGCAAUCCCAUUUUCUGAUUCAGAUGCACGAGAUCAGUUGAAUGAACUGUUCAAGGUGAUGGGGAUUCCAAACCUUGUGAUGCUUGAUGAAUCUGGCAAGGUUUUGAGCGAAGAUGGGGUUGAGAUCAUACAAGAGUAUGGAGUGGAAGCUUAUCCUUUUACCCCAGAGAAGUUUGCAGAGCUUGAGGAGAUUGAGAAGGCAAAACGGGAAGCACAGACACUGGAGUCAAUUUUGGUUUCAGGGGACAGAGACUUUGUGAUAGGGAAAGAUGGAGUCAAGAUUCCCGUGUCUGAUCUAGUGGGGAAGAACAUCCUCCUAUAUUUCUCAGCACAUUGGUGCCCCCCAUGCCGUGCUUUUCUACCAAAACUUAUUGAAGCAUACCAGAAGAUUAAGACAAAGGAUGAAGCAUUCGAAGUGAUUUUCAUCUCUAGUGACAAGGACCAGACCUCCUUCGAUGAAUUCUUUUCAGGUAUGCCAUGGCUGGCACUUCCGUUUGGGGAUAAAAGGAAGGCCUCCCUGAGUCGCACGUUCAAGGUCCAUGGCAUCCCCUCGCUCAUAGCCAUUGGGCCAACUGGCCGGACUGUCACAACAGAAGUCAGAAAUCUUGUUAUGAUUCAUGGGGCUGAUGCUUAUCCUUUCACUGAAGAACAUAUAAAGGAGAUCGAGGCGCAGUAUGAGGAGAUGGCAAAGGGGUGGCCUGAGAAGAUGAAACAUGCCCUUCAUGAAGAGCAUGAGCUUGUGCUCACUAAGCGUCGCGUUUAUGGAUGUGAUGGGUGUGAGAAGCAGGGACACUUGUGGUCAUUCUAUUGUGAAGAAUGUGAUUUCGAUCUCCACCCCAAGUGCGCACUGGAAGAAGACAAAGGAAGCAAAGACGAAGAGAUGGAGAAGGCAAGUCCCGGAGAAGGAUGGAAAUGUGAUGGGAGGUGUGUUACAAAGCUUGAGUAAAGUUAGGUCUCUCUUUAAUAAAUACUCUUGUUGAUUUUAAAUGUGUGGUUGGAUGACUAUGGUUUCUAGCCAUGUGUGUUUGCUUAAUAGCACAAUGAGUUUGAGAGGACUCCGUUAAUAAAGCCUGAAGUUUUCUUUGGCAGGUGUAUAAGACUAUGUUACUAUAGGUCCUUAAUCUUUGAUGAUAAUUAAUCAUUUGUGAUGUGAUGAGAGUUGCCAUUUGUAAUGGGGUGGAGCACCACUAGUGCCGGAUGCAGAGGUGAUCUCUAGUUUUGUAAUACCCAGGUUUUUAAUGACACUAAGGCGGUGUUUGUUUUUU